CAACAUCUUCUUCCUUCCCGACAAUCACGCACCAUAACGUCCACCUCAGUGUGAUCCGAGCAGCCAUUCUGGCAUCUCUGCGCGCACUUGGUACCCAGGAACAUCCGGAAGCGCAGCACUACAGUAGUCUGUAAUUCUGGCGCACGGAGGGGCGGACACAGUCUGUCUCUCUGUUGGGUUUUUUUUUUCUGUUGGAAAUCGUGGAAAUGAGCGACUCUGCCCUGAGAGAAGCGUCAAAGAUUGUAAUCGGACUUGCAAAUUUAUUUUGACACACUUUUCCGCACACUGAAGCUCUUCUGCGUCAUUUUCCAGAGUGCUGUUCACCUGUCGAGGAUGGAAAACUGACGGCCUUCCUCAUGUUGGAGGCUAGCUGUUCACUCUGAAGGUGCAGGAUGAAAAUAUGGAACAGCUGCUUGUGCCACCAGGUCCAGACAGCUUCCGCCGCUUCAGUCGUGAAUCCCUCCAAGCCAUCGAGAAACGGAUCGCUGAGGAGAAGGCCAAGAAGCCCAAGGGAGAGAAGAGAAAACGCAAUGAUGAGAAUGAGCUCAAACCCAGCCGUGACCUGGAGGCGGGCAAAUCGCUCCCUCUCCUGUACAGGGACAUUCCUGCAGGCAUGGUGUCGACACCGCUGGAGGACCUGGAUCCAUACUACUCUAAUCAGAAAACUUUCAUAGUAUUAAACAAAGGAAAGUUCAUUUUUCGCUUCAAUGCCGCUCCUGCCUUGUACCUCCUGAGCCCCUUCAACCCUCUUAGAAGAAUAUCAAUUUGGAUUCUGGUACAUUCAUUGUUCAGCAUGGUGAUCAUGUGCACUAUCCUCACCAACUGUGCAUUUAUGACACUGAGUCAACCGCCUGAAUGGGCAAAGAAUGUAGAGUACACAUUUACUGCAAUCUAUACCUUUGAAUCCCUAGUUAAAAUUUUAGCUCGGGGGUUCUGUAUAGGAAAAUUCACCUUCCUUAGAGAUCCCUGGAACUGGCUGGAUUUCUGCGUCAUUGUCAUGGCGUAUGUCACAGAGUUUGUACCCCUUGGCAAUUUUUCUGCUGUUCGCACGUUCAGAGUGCUGAGAGCUUUCAAAGCAAUUUCAGUUAUUCCAGGCCUAAAGACCAUCGUUGGUGCGUUGUUCCAGUCAGUGAAGAAGCUUGCUGAUGUAAUGAUCCUCACCGUCUUCUGCUUGAGUGUCUUUGCCCUCGUAGGGUUACAACUUUUUAUGGGCAAUUUAAUGCAAAAGUGCCUUCGGUGGCCUAGAAAUGACACCGAGGAAACGGACGACUUCACUGCUUACUCACUCAAUGAGGAAAAUUAUUAUUUCCUUCCAGGCAAACGAGAUCCAUUGCUUUGUGGAAAUGCCAGUGAAGCUGGGCAGUGUCCAGAGGGCUUCACCUGCAUGAAAAUAGGGAGGAACCCAGACUAUGGUUACACCAGCUUUGACUCAUUCGGUUGGGCCUUCCUUGCCCUGUUUAGGCUGAUGACACAGGAUUACUGGGAAAACCUUUACCAGCAGACAUUGCGAGCAGCCGGGAAACCCUACAUGAUCUUUUUCGUGCUGGUGAUUUUCCUCGGCUCCUUCUACCUGGUCAACCUGAUCUUGGCUGUAGUAGCGAUGGCAUAUGAGGAGCAGAGCCAGGCCACCAUAAAGGAGGAGAAGGAGAAGGAGGAGGAGUUUCAGGCCAUGCUUGAGCAGCUGAAACAGCAGCAAGAGGACGCUCAGGCAGCAGCAUCUGCAGCUGUAGCAGAGGGCGGGGAAACCACUGACAAAGUUGGUGGCACUGAGAGUUCCUCCGAUGCAUCCAAGCUGAGCUCCAAAAGUGCCAAAGAGAGACGCAACAGGAGAAGAAAAAGAAAGGAGGAAGAGGGAAAAGGGACGGAGGGGAAGAUUCCUAAAUCUGAGUCACAGGACAGUAUAAAGAGGGCUCGCUGCCGCUUCUCUGUUGAUGCAAACCUGCUCAACUAUGACAUGAAAUGCUCAUCUGCACAUCAGUCCUUUCUGAGUUUUCGUGGGCCCCUGUUCUCACCCAGACGGAACAGCAAGACCAGCCUUUUCAGUUUCCGAAGCCAAGUGCAGGACAUGGGUUCAGAAAAUGAGUUCGCCGAUGACGAGAACAGCAUUUUUGAGGACAACUUGAGUCGGAGGGGCUCUUUGUUUUUCCCCCAGAGGUGUGAUCGACGGAGCAGCAGUAUGAGCCAGUGCAUCUUCAUGCCACGUCUUCGGCUUCCACCUAGUGGGAUCAGGCACAGUUCAGUAGACUGCAAUGGGGUUGUGUCUCUGGUGGGUGGGAGCUCACUGCCAGCAUCACCAGUGGGCCUCCUUCUGCCUAAAGUGACUGUAGAUAUGGCCUCAACUGGAGACAAUGCUGAUACGACUGACACAGAGUACAGACAUGCCACUGGGGGGACAUACCAGGAGUUUUUGGAUCCAUUUGAGGGCCCAGAGGCCAGACAGAGAGCUCACAGCAUAGCCAGUGUUAUUACCAGCACAAUGGAGGAGCUUGAAGAGUCAAGACAGAAGUGUCCUCCUUGCUGGUACAAUUUUGCCCACACCUUCCUCAUCUGGGAAUGCUGUCCCUUAUGGCUGAAAAUCAAGAAAAUGGUUAGGCUAAUUGUGAUGGACCCAUUCACAGAUCUCACCAUCACCAUCUGUAUUGUACUCAACACUUUGUUUAUGGCUAUGGAGCAUCAUCCAAUGUCCACUGGUUUCAGCAAUAUGUUAACUGUGGGCAAUGGGGUAUUCACUGCCAUCUUCACGGCUGAAAUGGUCCUCAAGAUCAUUGCUUUGGACCCAUAUUAUUACUUUCAGCAGGGAUGGAAUAUUUUUGAUUCAAUCAUUGUCAGUUUAAGCUUGAUGGAGCUUGGUUUGGCAGAUGUGGCCGGGAUGUCUGUUCUGAGAUCAUUCAGAUUGUUGAGAGUAUUCAAGUUGGCUAAAUCUUGGCCCACUCUCAACACACUCAUCAAAAUCAUUGGUAAUUCAGUGGGGGCUUUGGGCAAUCUGACCCUAGUGCUCGCCAUCAUUGUCUUCAUCUUUGCUGUGGUGGGCAUGCAGCUGUUUGGAAAAAAGUACAAGGACUGUGUGUGUAAAAUCUCUCCCGAGUGCGUUCUGCCUCGUUGGCACAUGAAUGACUUCUUCCAUUCAUUCCUCAUUGUGUUCCGAGUGCUUUGUGGAGAGUGGAUAGAGACCAUGUGGGACUGUAUGGAGGUGGCUGGGACUACCAAGUGCAUCAUUGUCUACAUGAUGGUCAUGGUUAUUGGAAACCUUGUGGUGCUGAACUUGUUCUUGGCCCUGCUGCUGAGCUCCUUCAGUGCCGACAACCUGGCAGCGACAGAUGAUGACAGCGAGAUGAACAAUUUGCAGAUUGCCAUCGGGCGGAUUCACAAAGGCAUUGCUUUCACCAAGUCGCUGCUUCGAAGCUGCUGCAGCAGUGUCUGUCUCAGGGGCAAGAAGAAAAAGAAGGAUGAGGACAAAGCUCUAGAUGAGCUCCACAAACCUUUAGGGCCGAAUGGUGUCGCCAACCAUUUGAUCAAAGACUUCCCUAAGAAUGGCAAUGGAGAUGUGACCGGAGUCGACAAAAAUGGAGACAAGUACAUAGUUUGCAGCAAGAGUGACGAUUCUAUAAUGUCUUUCAUCAACAAUCCCAGUCUGACUGUCACUGUUCCUAUCGCUGUGGGAGAGUCUGACUUUGAAAAUCUUAACACAGAAGACUUCAGCAGUGCCUCGUCUGAAGUAGCAGCGUGCCACAUGAUUGUAGAAGAUGAUGGGCAGUUCAGCUCUUCUGAGGGGAGCACAGUAGAUGGUCUACCAGCUGGAGAAGGAGGAGAUUCUCUAGACUUCGAAUUAGAAGAAGCUAUGGACCCUGACGCCUGCUUUCCUGCUGCCUGCGUGCAAAGGUUCAAGUGUUGUCAAGUAAAUGUGGAUGUGGGCUUCUGGAAGAUAUGGUGGACGCUGAGAAAAACCUGUUAUCGGAUAGUGGAGCACAACUGGUUUGAGAGCUUCAUCAUCUUCAUGAUCCUGCUCAGCAGCGGAGCACUUGCAUUGGAGGACGUCUAUAUUGAGAAGAGGAAGACCAUUAAAACAAUGUUGGAGUUUGCAGACAAAAUAUUCACCUACAUUUUCAUUCUGGAGAUGUUACUGAAGUGGGUGGCAUAUGGAUUUGCCAAGUAUUUCACUAAUGCCUGGUGCUGGUUGGACUUCCUCAUUGUCGAUGUCUCAUUGGUCAGCCUGAUAGCCAAUGCUUUAGAAUUUAAUGAACUUGGUCCCAUCAAGUCUCUGAGAACCCUGCGAGCUCUGAGGCCCCUGAGAGCCCUGUCACGGUUCGAGGGCAUGAGGGUGGUUGUCAAUGCCCUACUGGGAGCAAUUCCUUCCAUCGUCAAUGUGCUACUGGUGUGUCUCAUCUUCUGGCUCAUCUUCAGCAUCAUGGGCGUCAACUUAUUUGCAGGGAAGUACUACAGUUGUGUCAACAGAACCACCGAUAAGCCUUUUCUUCCAACAAUAGUAAAAAACGAGACAGAGUGUUUGGCUUUGUCCAAUGAAACUGUUCGCUGGAAAAACGUUAAAAUCAACUUUGACAAUGUGGGCAUGGGUUACCUUGCGCUGUUGCAAGUGGCUACAUUCAAGGGCUGGAUGGACAUCAUGUAUGCUGCUGUGGACUCCCCAAGCAAGCAGGGAGACCAACCAGAGUAUGAGAAGAACCUGAAGAUGUAUGUUUAUUUUGUUGUUUUUAUCAUAUUUGGAGCUUUUUUCACUCUCAAUCUCUUCAUCGGUGUCAUCAUUGACAAUUUCAAUCAGCAAAAGAAAAAGAUAAGAGGUCAAGACAUCUUUAUGACUGAAGAGCAGAAGAAAUACUACAAUGCCAUGAAAAAGCUGGGUUCAAAGAAACCACAGAAACCCAUUCCUAGACCAUCAAACAAGAUUCAAGGAUACAUCUUUGACUUCACCACAAAACAAGCAUUUGAUAUUGCGAUUAUGGUUCUAAUAUGGCUCAACAUGGUAACCAUGAUGGUGGAAACUGCCGACCAGUCACCACAGAAGACCGAGGUCCUCCAAAAAAUUAAUGUAUUUUUCAUUGUCGUCUUCUCUGGAGAGUGUUUGUUGAAGGUGAUCUCACUUCGGCAGUACUACUUCACAAGUGGCUGGAAUAUAUUUGAUUUCAUCGUAGUGAUCUUAUCAGUUCUUGGUAUGUUUCUCUCAGAGAUGAUAAAAAAGUAUUUUGUCUCACCCACCUUGUUCCGAGUCAUUCGAUUGGCUCGCAUUGGCCGCGUCCUCCGCCUUAUUAAAAGUGCUAAAGGAAUCCGCACACUCUUGUUUGCCUUGAUGAUGUCACUUCCUGCCUUGUUCAACAUCGGCCUUUUGCUCUUCUUGGUGAUGUUUAUCUAUGCUAUCUUUGGAAUGUCAAACUUUGCUUAUGUCAAGAGGGAAAGAGGCAUUGAUGACCUUUUCAAUUUUGAGACAUUUGGCAACAGCAUGAUCUGUUUAUUCCAGAUCACCACCUCGGGAGGCUGGGAUGGCCUGCUGUAUCCCAUUCUCAACAGACACCAAGAUGAUUGUAACAGUAGCAAGGAGCAUCCUGGCAGUACUGUUGUAGGAGACUGUGGAAAUCCUCCUGUGGGAAUUGCCUUCUUUGUGAGCUACAUCAUUAUCUGUUUCCUUAUUGUGGUGAAUAUGUACAUUGCAGUCAUUCUGGAAAACUUCGGUGUGGCGACUGAGGAGAGCGCGGACCCAUUAAGUGAGGAUGAUUUUGAAAUGUUUUAUGAGGUCUGGGAAAAGUUUGACCCUCGUGCAACGCAGUUCAUGGAGUACUACAAGCUUUCAGAAUUUGCAGAUGCUCUCGACCCGCCGCUGCGCAUUGCCAAGCCUAACAAGAUUGAACUGAUCUCUAUGGAUCUACCCAUGGUGAGUGGUGAGCGCAUUCACUGCCUAGACAUCCUGUUCGCAUUCACAAAACGUGUGCUAGGUGAGGGUGGGGAGAUGGACAUUCUAAGGGGGCAGAUGGAGGAGCGCUUCAUGGCCUCAAAUCCUUCCAAAAUGUCCUACGAACCCAUCACUACCACCCUCCGCCGCAAACAGGAGGAUACCUCGGCUGUUGUAAUCCAGAGAGCAUACAGACAGUAUGUCAAGAAUAGUCAAGGAAUAGGUAUUAGGCCCUCAGACAUGUCCAAUGGUAACAUUCAAAAGGAUGAAAAGGUCAUUGAAAAGGAAGACCUUGCCGCAGACAAACAAAAAAGUGAACUGACUCCCUCAGCGGCCUCUCAACCUUCAUGUAAUAGUGUGACAACAAAUGGGAAAAACAAAUAUGAAAAGGACAAAAGUGAAAAGGAGGUUGAGAGCAAAGAUGUCACAGAGGAAGACAUAUAAGAGAAUGCUGGAGAUGCAACAAAGACAUUUUAAAUAAUGACAAAAUGUUUACAACCUUUGAAAAUGACAUCCAUUGGACUUCUUUCCUUAGUAUGGAUAUCUACUAUGCCAAACUGACUGUGCUUACUUGACUCUAGAGGUUGGUGCCUAAAAUGGAAAACAGGUUUAUCAGGAUGUAGAAGGACUAUUUUGGAUGUUCAGGAGCAAGGAUCCCUUUUGGCUGUGUUGUGUGGAUGGGCAAAGUGUUCUGAAAGACACAUUAGUUAAUGCUUUAACUUCUAUUGCAGCUAGUUCUGCUAUCCAGUGUCUUGAAUUAUUUGCUAUAUCAAUGGCUGUUGAAUUAAUUAAUUUUCAUGAAGAAGAAAACUUACUUUAAGAAGUCACAGUUUGGUUAAUUGAAUUUUUGUAAAUUUUUUACUCCUCAAAAGGGUUGUUCCUUCAGGUAUAGUCUUUACAAUGAGUAAAACUGCUUUAAGGUUAGGCUCGCUGACUGACAGCGCUUAGAUUGUUUGACAAAUCCAAGAGACAGUGUCAGAGUUGUGAUUAAUUAGAAAUGUAGACCUGCAUGAAUGUUUCUCCAAGUUUAUGCAUGAUAGAGUGUACUGAUUUUACUAUGCUCUCUCCCAGUCCUUCAUGUCUCAUGAUGUGAAGUAUAGACGUGACAUGGUUGCUUUUUAUACAUUAUAGCAACAUCACUUUAGCCUACCAUUUGAACAAAUCCAGCCAAGUGUGCUGAUUGUGUUUGAUUAUCAGUGUCAGAGCAGUAACCCUUGGCAGAAACACUUUGCACAUUGUUGAAUCAUCAAAAUCAUUCAUGUACGUCACCUCAGCCUCUUGUGUUCAACCUAUGUACCAUUUAAAUAUUGCAAAUUAUGUACAAAUUUAUCAUGAAGCUGUACUAAAAACGAAGCACUCGAUGGCUUUUGAAGCCAGAAAAUAUUUUUUUUAAAAGUAUCGCACUGCAAGUCACCCUAUGCUAAUUUACCUCGCUUAUCAACAAAACCUCUGAUAGUUUAAGCUGUAAAUUUGUCUGUUUGUAGGACUGCAGCUUCCCUAAAAGGUUCCUAAUGUGCCUACCUUUUCUUCAUUUUGCCUCUUUUCUUCCUUAGUUGGUGUGUAUUCUGCAGUGAUAAAUACGUCGUGGAAUAUAUAAAAGAAUUCAUAUUGAUUACCUGUGAUAUAAAACCAAAUAUAUGCUCCAUGUUCUGUUGUAUUCAAGCAACAGAUAUGAUACAUUCAGCAGGAGGUGGGAUAAAGAAUUUAAAUGUCUAUUUAUUCUCAAUAAGACAAAGCCCUGUCUCAUUGGUGGUGACUUUCCUUUCUAUGCUGUUUUUAUGUAACAUUUACCUGCUUAUUUUUAUUUCAGAAUGCUGACUGGGAAAUAGUUUGUUGAUCUUUCAUGUUAUUUUUGUGUGCUUUGUAAACUGUUGUUUUUUUUUCAGUUUACCUCUAAAUCUUUAUCAUGAUAAAUAUCUAAGUUGGAUGAAAGAUGGCUCAGAAUAUUCUGAAUGAUCUCAAGGAUAUGGCAUCGCACAUCUCAUGUGCCCUUAGCUAUUUCCUUCAUCUGUUUACAUUUUAUAUUGUUGUGUCACUUUUGUCGGUUCAUUCACUCCCCACAACAUUCACCCCAAGCUGUGUCACAACUACAUCUGUUCUUCUGUGUUAUAAAGUGUAAGUCCACUAAUGUAAUUACAUUUUGCACGUAAUUAAAAUAUUCACUACUUACGCUAUACUUUAUGCAUACUAAAAGAAUGUUUUGAUUACAUAGACUUUAACAUCUCCCAUCAUUUAUAUGCAUAAUGCUUGUAGUGUAUAAAUAAACUGCAUGUAACACUCUGCUAUAACCCAUUUCACUGAAAAGCUAAAAGAAUAAAGAUUACAUGUACGUCAA